AUGCUUACCCUGAAGAAUGAUCCGCCGGACAUCGAUGUCGUGGCAACGGUCAGCAACCAGUACGUCAACUAUGGCCACAAAUUCCGGAAGUUUACAAGGGCCUGUUUGAUUAAGGAUCCCGCCCAACGGCCCGUCGCCCGGGACCUCCUCAACCACACUUUCAUCAAGGCCAAGGCCAAGGUACGCCUUCUUACCCAUCUAAGAGUUGUUGUAAGAAUCGUAACUAUGCAUAUUUUUGCGUGUUAAGCAUGCCUACUUUUUUCUUAAUAGUGACCUUCGUACCCUGUGCUGGCAAUGCAUCACUAGAGCGUUUUCUUGAUGUAUAUCCAUACCCGAAACAUUCUUGUACUCCGAGCAUAGUUCAAAGAUAAAGUGCUAACCUAGUGUAACUGAGGGAAAGACGUUCAUUGGGAUAGGUAUACUUUUCGGAUAAGUACGUCUUUUCGUCAGCCAAUGCGCACUUCUCCUGUGGGUACUUGGAGGAGUCGAGUGAGACCUCCGCUAGCCACCUCGACUGUCAAGUCAUACUGCCGAGACCGAAGCCGUGAGGCACACGAUCCAUGCUGCAGUCGGGGUAGUUGACUCGACCGUUCGACCAUCACGAAUCGCUCCGUCCACCGCGUGCCUUGAGGAGUUGGUGUGAGGCAGACUUGCGUAGCACCGACCGCACCUUUCCUCAAUGACAAGGCGAAUAUCAAGGUCGGCUGUGAGCAAGGGUACAGUGGCAGACAAAGCUGGACUGCCCAUCUUCGCGUGCCACACACGUCUGGUCCGCGCAGGAAUGACCAAGAAUUUUACAGAAAGAGAUAGCUCGGAUCCCAACCAAAUGGAAGUGCCAUAGAGGUCAUAUUAAGGAGGAGGGAUUGCAGCCUGAGAAGGACUGAGUUAAAUGUCCGCCACCGUGUCAAUAUGUGCCGCCCCCCCCCCCAAAGAGGGCCACGCGUUAAGUGCGCUGCACCAACACCGGGGCCAUAUCAGAUUCCGGCAGGCGUUAUCGGAAAUGCUCACCUAUAACAAAUACCAGCAUUCAGGCUGCAUUGGCAGGCCCAGUUUCCGGCCCACGUCGCGCACACUAGAAUCCCUGCCCUCUCCCCAUGUUUGUUGUUGGUUAAAAUCCCGAUAGAAUGUUUGUUGUAGACACGGGGCCGUGGGGGUACGCCCGGGCACGGGUUUUCACCGUGCCAGCCACCUGCGGCUUCUCCGGCCCUCGGUCUUCUUGACACCGGGCCCACGUAGCGGAGGAGGAAAGAGUGCGGUAAAUGCUGUGCAAAUCUACUGUCAGCACAAGUCGCAGUGCCUGCUCUCAGUUUGCUGUGUAGCACGUGGUAGUCACGACAGUCGGACUGUUAUGCUCCGAGAAGCUGACAACACUGCGGUGACUCCAUAUGUUAGUCAACGAUGCCGCUGGAGAUUGCGUACGCUUUUUGUCCCAUUCGCUCCUUCUCAAUGUCAGCUGACGACUACGGGGAAGGGGGCUAGUCUGGUCUGGCCCGUCUCCGCCACGGCAUUCUCAGAUUACAGUGAUUGUGCUCGUGCUUUAGGAAGUCACGACUGCACGCAUUGUUGUCGAUAUGCGCCUGAACUGACCUCGGCGAUCUCGGUGUUGACAGCAUCGCUAAUCAGUACGACCCACGUUCGGCGACUAAAGGCAGGCUCAUUUGGCGACUUGUUCUCGGCUGCAGCCUAAGGUCGGCCGUUGGCCUCACCGGCAUGUUUUCGUUUACUUCAUGCAUGCACCACCACGUAGGUAUGCUGAUUUGGCCAGGGUAUGGUGGGAGUUUGCAUUUACGCUUCUGUCGGCACUGUGUGAUACACCGAGCCUUUUUAAAUUUACCGACAUAACUGAUUGGCCCUGAAGUUUGGUGCGUGACCCAGAAUAUGACUUUGAUGCCGCUAGUUGCUUUUUUCGCCUUUUAAAAGGCAAAUUAAUUCGUUUAAAGGCUCAGAUUUCGGAUAACAAAGCUCUUAAGCCCCAUGUUGCACUGCUUGUAAAUAGGAGUAAAUCAGAUAACUCAGAAAUCGCCUUUAGCCGUUGUUUGUUAACGAUCAAUCAACCACUUAUUUGAUAGGUGUUUCGGCAGAUCGAGUGAGUCUGGUAGUCAUCUGGCUGAUCCUAGCCUGAUUCCUGCCUGGACAGUCGGCUCCUGUGUCAGAAUUCCCUACUUUGACGUAGGCGGGACGGGCCACUUGGCACCAAUGUGUUUAAACUCACAGCUCCUGUUUGCGGCCUCACAGCUUUAGAUGAUUAGAGCGCUGGCCGUGCUCGAGUCUUGCCCUUUGGCCGCCUAGUUUUUCACAAUUAUUCAUAUCUGCCAACAACCCCCUACCGAGAAGAAGAAGAAGAAGAAGAAAAACGUUGAAAGUAGCGCGUUUGCCGAGCGAAAAAAGUGGAGUACAGCCCACCCUGUGUUCACUUCCUCGCCUUGAAAGUUGUGGUUUUGGCAGUUACUAAGGGGCGCGAAAAUGGGGUCCUCGGGUGUCUUGGCUUGAUUGCAAAGGACUCCUCGUCGCGCAUUUUGCAGCAAUUUCCCGCGCUUGUGUCAUCUGACUGUGUAAAGUACACUUGAUUAUGGAGUAUGCGUGACACACAUACACACGUGUGUGUUGUCGCCGUGAGCUGGGGGCGGGACGAACUCGCAGCCGCCACGCACGAGCUUAUUUUCAUGCGCCCUGAAGGGUAGAAAGCAUGAUACCGACUUUGCGUGAGCCUCAAUUGCCUUUAGUAUAAUUUUCGCGCGUGUCACCACAGUCUUCAUGCGCCCC